UGGUUCAAGUGUUCACUUUUUUCGACGUGGAAGGCUUCCCACUUAACCUUGGAUUAUUUUGCUUUUAUAUUUUACUUUGUUCAACAUGUUUCCUUCGCAUCUUCACGUAGCUGACUUUGGUAUUUUUGCCGUGGUUGCUGUUUUUGCUCUCAUCGUGAUUUUACUCUCUUUAUUUGACUUUAGAAAAUCCGCCAAAGGACCUUCCAUUCCCGGACCCGGACCUUCAAAUCCAGAAAGCGGAAAUCUGGAUGAUGUGAAAAAAGCUGGUAGCCUACAUGAGUACAUGGUUUAUCUUCAUGAUACUUAUGGUAAAAUCGUAGGCUUUUGGUGGGGGGAGACUUAUACUGUCAGUGUUGCAUGUCCAUAUCUGUGGAAGGAUAUUCAGGGUAUUUUUGACAGGCCUCGUGAGCUUUUUAAGCUGUUUGAGCCAUUGAUUGGAAAAAAGAGCAUCCAGUAUAAAAAUGGGCCAAAGGGACGUCAGCUGCGACAAGUAACAGACAGAAGUUUCAGUCAUGAAGCUGUCAUGAACUACUAUGACUGCAUUCUUGAGACGGCAAAAGAAAUGGAAGCAAAAUGGGAAUCCUUGCCAAAAGGUGAACAUAUUCCACUUGAGAAAAAUAUGAUUUAUCUAGCUGUUAAAAGUAUGGGAUUGGCUGGUCUAGGCAAGACAUUCAGAGGUGACAAGGAGAGUGCUAAAUUUAUUGAAGCAUAUGAAACGUGUUGGCAAGAAAUGGAGGCUCAGCUGGGAACCCCUCCCCCCACAGAAGGAAGUGACAGGCAUGAGAAAUUUGAAGAAGGGAGGAAAAUCAUGCGUUCUACAAUAAAAGAUGUUAUUAAAGCAAGAAAAAAUAUGGACCAGAAAACAGACAAAUUGUUCAUUGAUUCCAUGAUUGAAUAUGACCAGAUUGAUCAAGAAGAGUUGGAAGAUGAUAUUUUGACAUUUAUGAUUGGUGGAUUCCAUACUACUGGAAAUAUGAUGAUUUGGUGUUUCUACUACUUGGCUCUUCACCCUGAAGUCCAAGAGAAAGUUUACCAAGAGCUGAUUGAGGUGUUGGGUGAAGAAGAUAUUGUCCCAGCUGCGGCCAGCCAACUCAAAUAUUGCCGCCAAGUUAUCGAUGAGACCCUCCGCUGUUCAAUACUUGCUCCUUGGGGUGCAAGGGUGCAGAUGGACCAUGACCUGCAGAUAGGAGAUCAUGUUGUGCCAAAAGAGACUCCAAUAAUGAUACCAUUUGGUGUUGUUCUUCACGAUCCUGAAAUUUUCCCUGAACCGCAAAGGUUUGAUCCCGAUCGUUUUAGCCCAGAGAACGCGAAGGAUCUUCCUUCUCUGGCCUUCCAGCCAUUUGGGUUUGCGGGCAAGAGAAAAUGUCCCGGAUGGAGGUUCUCCAUCACAGAGGGUCUGGUGUUCUUGUCUGUGUUCAUCAGGCGUUUUAAGGUGGAGCUUGUCGCGGGACAGAAAGUACAACCUGUCCAUCGUCUCGUCACUUCACCAAAUGAAGAAGUUUGGAUCACUAUCAACAAAAGAUAAAAUGCUUAUCUUUCCACUGUUCUAAACCAAAUUGCCUUUACAGUGUUGUUAAUGCUGUUCAGUGGAGUAUAAACACCGAGCUUGAUUAGUGACGCGGUCCCAUUAAGUGUUAGUAUAUCGUUAAUAUAUCGUACCUAUAUCGUCAAAAAAUUGAUGGUUUUGUCAAGUUGAUUUUCCAGCGAUUAUAGAAACGCAUUUAAAAAAGCUUAAUAUGUACUCGAUUAUCAUGUUGUCAUGCGUGGCUUGUAGGUGCCAGCUGUUUCAACUACCCAAACCGAUGUCACUUAACAAGCCACCGUAUGAAUGGAUAGGAGCAAUUGAAAUCAGAUUUCGAAAAACCGUAAAUUAAUAUUUAGUAAGCAUAUGAACAAUUUAUAUAAAAGGAAAUAUAUAGAAUUAAUUAUAAAAACUGCUAUAAAUCGUGCGUUUGAUUGGUUUGGAGCGCGUUCUUUAUAAGAGCACAUAGCACAAGCGCAAAAAAAAAAAGAAACUUGCUUGUGGGGUUUGCGGUAAUAACUGAGAGAGGCACGUAUUGGCUACGCCUCGUGCUUCUCGUAACGCACUUCUCGCGUGUUCUGCCAACCCCCGCAAGCUUUAUAUCGGCACACGCACCUACGCGCGCGCGUUAUGUACGUUAAACGAUAAAUAGAUUAUAGAGAUAGAUUUAUGAUUUUAUAUUGUACCAUAGAAAAUUGUCAGUAUGGUUUGUAAUGGGUUAAAAAAUAAGAACUUAUAAUUUUGAAAA